CAUUUUGAGCAUCUCACUCAUAGGCAGAUUCACGAAUUCAACGUUAUCCAAAACCCUACUUUUCCUCUCCCCUUCGUCAAUUCAGAUCUCAUGGAUUUCCACAGUCUUACCAGAAAAGAACUUCAAUUUCUCUGCAAACUCAACAAGAUCGCUGCCAACACCAAAAAUCAUGUCAUGGCGGAUGCUCUUCGAGACCUUGAUACCGUUGAAGGUAUUGAGAAGUUUAUCAACGUCACACAGUCUGAAGCAGUUGAUUUAGACGAGUCAAAAGAAAAUGUCGAUGUUUCUCCAUGUAAAGUCCCAACCACCAGAAACAGAACGGCGAAAACUACCGAAGUUGAAAAUUUGAAGCCGACAAACACCAGGACAACUCGCAGGACAGCUAAGAAAGUAGCCGGAGGAGUUGAAGAAUCAAAGAACGAAGCUCUAGAAACUCCAGCCCUUUCCAGCACAAGGAGGAAGGCUCUGGCAACUUCAUCUUGCCGGAGUGUUAACAGUCAACUGAAUGAUUGCGAACUAGAUUCAAAAGAAGAUAAGAAGUCGCCAGAAGCGGUUGUUGCAAAGGGGCCGAGGAAGGUGGCGACGACUUCAACCACCGUGAGAAAGGAGAUUGCUGUGCAGAAAACAUAUGACACGAGACGUUCCACUAGGCAGACUGAAAAGAAAUCUGGAGAGCCAAGAGUGAGGAAGCAAAGUGAAAAGGCAAUUGAGAUUAUUACAUUGUCGGAUGAUGAUGAUUCAUCAUCCGAUGAGGUAUCGACUGUUGAUGUUCCAGAGAGCACUUUGAAUGCAGUAAUUCCUAAUGCAGAAGUGGAAGACAUUUGUAAUGCCUUGGAGGAACUUGAUGUUGAUAUAAGCGAAGAAAAAGAAGAUUCUGGGGAAGUUGACAAUCUAAAGCCCGAAUCAGGAGAAAUCCCAAAUCCAAAUGAGGAAGGAAAUUUAGAAGAAGAACUGAAUGAGGAAAAGCCAGAAAAAGAUGACAUCUCAGGCCCUAAUGAAAAUGGGGAUCUUGAAGAGGAAAAACUCGAAAGUGAGGUUAUGGAGUUAGAAGAACAAGAUAACAUUCUAGAUGAUAGUACUAAUUCAACAGGAGUUGAUGUUAUAGAAGAAGAAGAAGAAGAAGAAGAAGAAGAAGCAAUCCCAGACAAUAUUGAGGAUUUAAAUGGUCCAAGAGAAUUGAAACUCGAAGCCGUUUCAGAGAUGAACAAUGGUUCUUCAAUCAUGGAUAGUGAUAUGAUUCUUGAUACCUCUGAGAAUCCAAAUGAAAACGAAAGUAGCGCGGAUGAAGAAAUCUCAAAUGACCUGAAUUUAUCCGAAAACACGGAUGACGAGACCUCGGAUGUUAUUGCUUCCAUUGAUAGCAUCUCUCCUGUGAAGAUUGAUUCGAGAAUAGUUCAUGAAGUGGACGCAAAAGUGGAAGAAAAAGAAGAAAUUUGUGAAUUUGACAAUCAAAAAUCAGAAUUGUCGGAAACCUUGGAUGUGAUCCCCACCAUCGAUAGCCUCUCCCCCAUAACAGAAGAAGUUGAAGAUCAUCAGCCGGAAGUUUCCACUGAGGUGGCUGUUGAACUUUCCGGUGAAAUAUCAGCCGUUUUUGAAAGUUCUUUAUCCAUCAAAGAGAAUGAUAUGCUCAAAACACCAUUAAUUUCCACCACCAGGAGAACAACUCCGGCGACUUCAUCCCGCCGAACUGUGAACAGUCAAAUGAAAGGUCAGAAGAUGGAGUGGGGCACACCUGCAACGGUUGUAGCAAGCAGUCGGAGAAAGGUUGCUACGCCUUCAACCACCGUGAAAAGUGAAGCUACUAUGCAGAAAACUCCGGCGACUUCAUCUCGCCGGAAUGUGAACAGUCAAAUGAAAAAAGGUAAGACGAUGGAGUCGUGCACCCCUGCAACGGUUGUAGCAAGCGGUCGGAGAAAGGUGUCGACGCCUUCAACCACCGUGAAAAAGGAAGCUACUAUGCAGAUGGAGGUCUGCUCUAGAAAGUCAACAAGGUUGACUGAAAAGAAAUGUGGAGAUUCAUUAGUGAAGAAGGUGAUUGAAAAGACUGAAAAGAUUGAUUCACUGUUGGAUGAAGUGAAUGCGAUAUUCCAAGAGGUUUUCUCUGUUGAUGUUGCAGAAAACGCCAUUGAUUCAGAUGCAAAAAUGGAUUCAAAUGAAAUGACAAAGCCAUGUGAAAAUGUGGAUAUUGAAGACGAGAAACUCGAAUUGAUUCCAGAAGAACACUUGGAGAGCUUUCAUGAAGAUAAUGCUGACGUGGAAUUAGAUGAAACUUCAAAGCCAUGUGAAAAUGUGGAAUUUGAAGAUGAGAAACUCGAAUUGAUUGCAGAAGAACAAUCGAAGAGCUUUGUUGAAGAUAAUGCUGACGUGGAAUCAGAUGGAACUUCGAAGGCAUGUGAAAUUGCAGAUUUUGAAGAGAAGAAACCAGAAUUGACAGAAGAACUCUCGAAGAGCUUUGUUGAAGAUAAUGCUGACGUGGAAUCAGAUGAAACUACAAAUCCUUGUGAAAAUGUUGAUUUUGAAGAGGAGGAACAUGAUCUGAUUCCAGAAGAACACUCGGAGAACUUUCUAGAAGAUAAUGCUGACGUGGAAUUUGUUGAAACAUCAAAACCAUGUGAAAAUGUGGAUUUUGAAGGAUCUUCUUCCAUUGAAGAGAAAAACCAACUCUCUCCAAAUCCAUCAACUUUGUUUGAUCUUAUCAGCCACCCAACCCCGGCACAUCCGACCACCAGGAUGAAAACUCCGGCGACUUCAUCUCGCCGGAAAGAGAAGUGUCAACUUAAAAACUGUGAGGAAGAUGCAAAAGAAGGUGAGAAGAUAGAGUGGUGCACACCUGGUAUAGCAACUGAAAGAAGCAGCAGGUCAACUAGGUUGACUGAAAAGAAAUCUGAAAAGUCAACAGUGAAAAACGAAAGUGAAAAGGUUAUUAAGAUUGAUGAAGCCAAUGUGAAUUUCGAAGAGGUUUUUCCUGAUGAAGUUCUAGAAAACGCCAUGGAUGCAGGUAAUCCAGAUGCGAAAUUGGAAGAUGUUUGUAAUUCCUUUGAGAAACUUGAAAUGAUUCCAUGUGAAAAUGUUGAUUUUGAAGAGGAGAAACGCGAAUUGAUGAUUAAAGGACACUCGGAGAGCAUUCUUGAUGAUGAUGCUGACGUGGAAUCAGAAGAAAUUUCAAACCCAUGUGCAAAUUUUGAUUUAGAACACUCGGAGAACAAUGUUAAUGGGUCAUCAACCAUGGUCAACGAAAAAGUUGACUCAGAUUCAUAUGAAGAAGAAAACCAAAUUACUAAAAUUGGUGUCGCUACUCCAAUGAAGAAAAUUGGUGGAUUUGUUUCGGAUGACAAAGAGAACAAGAGUGUGAUUGUUUAUGGAAACAAGAUGAAGAAAGAAAAAGAUGAGAAUGUUGUUAUGAAGGAGAAUUUACAAGAUGCAAGUUUGAGGCAACUAAGGAAGAAGCUGAAGGCGUUGACUUUGAAGACUAUGAAUGCGGAUAAUAAAGAAGCAAGACCAGCACUUCAAACACUGUGUGAGAACCAACUGUGGCCACCAAGCAACCACCGUCGAGGAACCUACUUUAAGGUCCGUUCUUCUUCUCCUUCAACAGACGCUGCUGUCGUCAACGUGUGUGCAACGCAAGGACCGCCACAUUCUUCUUCUUCUGCUGCUACUGUGGUCGUUUACGGUGGCACUUCUUCUUGGAUCUUCGGUGCUACAUCACAGCCACGUCUGCCGCCCGCCGUACUCCGUCACUCCGCCGUCGCCCACCUCCAUGGAUCAAAUGCAACAGCUUGGUGUGUGUGUUCUGCUCGUGCGUGGGUGCGUGUUUUAGUUGUUGUAUGA